AUGAGCGAGCGCCGGUCUAAUUUGAGUUUGGCUGUCGCACAUCGUGGCCAAGACGGCAACCACCAGAUGAUGGCGAAUGAACAGGAAGCGUAUAGGCUCUUCUUCGUCGACAAGGACCAUCCAAAACAAAUUCAAUCCGUCACGAUUCUGAAAACCGCGUUCGUUGAAGAUCUUCAGCAUCAAAUCCAACAGCGCCGUUACAAGAAUGUGGACCCGUCCGAACUGGAUUUAUUCCAGGUAGACAUAUCGGAUGAAGGCGAUUUAGCCCAGAAAAUCGAGGGGAAAAGCAAGGACCUGGGUUCGCCGCUCCGUGCAACUUACCCCAUCUACGAGUGCUACGCAUCACCACCACCAGCGAAAAUGGUGCAUAUCCUCGUCAGGUGCUCUGCGUCGCCCCAAAAGUUCGAAUCGGUCAAAUCCCAAGCAGAAGACUACAUCUCCCUCGAACUGUCCAACAAGGGCACAUACAUGAAUGCCUCGAUCGUCAACGUCCAUGAAUGUGGCAUAACCCAAACAGAAUUUCCUCCCCCAAGCCUCGAAGAGUUUCGCCGGAGCCUAAGAAGACGACGCAUUUACCGGACACAAGACGCAGUUUUGAUGGAGCAAGUCGAACGCCAAUGUGAUGAGAUAGGUCUCAAGUUUGAAGACUACUUCCAACCAGAAGGUUUGACGAAUCCGAUCAAUAAAAGUGGUCUUUUCGGGAAGGCCGAAGCACGGCACUACUCCGACAUACUUAGAGAGCCCGAAUACCUCAAUUUAGCAUACUACAAAACCGCCAAAGAAACCGUAGUUCAUUCUCUGCUCGCCAAAUUUAUGCAUUCAAACGACAGCUCUCCCGCCUCCCCGUGUGAAUACCUCUUUAACGCAUCCUGGAAUGUUCCCAUCGUGGCGAGGUUACGUAACUCGAAUAGUUGCGUCCAAACGACUCCAAGAAGCGACAUGCUUCUCAACACCGAUCGAUUACCCAUGGUAAUCAUGGAGAUUGCGGGAGAAGAUGAAUACAAGAUGAUGCUUCAAGCAGGGGCGUUAUUAAGGAUGGCGCAUUACUUGAAAUACGAUGAGCUCAUCGUGACUGCGAUCUACAUCAGUAACGACUUUAUUGCGACCCGAUACUUGUUCUGCCUUUCGGACCCAAAGUCGAAGCAGGUUGUUUAUACCAAGGAUCGGUUUAUCCUUACAGAAGGUCGCGAUCUAUUCGAAAUGGUCUUGGAGCUCUACAAUUUGAUGGCUCUGUCAAAACAACAAAGCUCGAAUCUCUCGCAAGAUAAAAUAAAACUAAUGACUGCAACGGUCAACGCGAAAAACUUCCCUAAAAUGACUGGGACACCUAGAGCAUCCAAACGAACUCGUGAGGAUGACCGCACCAACCCUAGCGGCAAACGAAUAAACACAAAUCAAGGAGGCACAGACAGAAUGAAUGAACGCAUCAUCAAUGCAGGAUAUGCUCUGGCGUGGCACCAUCUUCCACAGGAUGGGAAAGAUAUAUUCGAACUUCUCUUUCCGUUCCCCGACAAUGUUCGCGAAGCGACGAGGCGGGACGGACUCUCGGUCAUCAUCAAGCGAGUCAAACAUAGAUCAGAGGUAGACAUCUUGAGGUACCUUGAGAGUCGUGGAGGCGUAAAUGACCAUAUAAUUGCGUUACUCGACGUGCUCGAGUUCGACGUGCAAUGGCUUAUCGUCAUGCCUAAGCACGUCAGGCUCCGUGAGGCUACGCAUCUGUUGUCAACGUCCUCUGCUGUCUAUUCGUUUCAAAAGCAGUUCCUCCAAGGUGUCGCGUUCAUGCACGCCAAUGGAGUUGCGCACCUGGACCUCAAGCCGGAUAAUGUUGUCGUUGACUUUGGAAAGAGGUCAAGGGACAAAGACCAAGGCACGCUUUAUAUUAUCGAUUUUGGAGUUGCAGAGAUGACUGUGACGACAAGCACGACGAUGAAGGACUUGUGCGGGACGUAUGGUUGGACUGCACCGGAGAUUCAAGACGGCCAAACUUGGAGUCCUAUCUUGGCGGACAGAUGGGCGUGUGGAAAGGUGCUACUCUAUAUUGGCGAGCAAAUCAAGUGGACCUCGCGCGUGCAGGACCUUGUACGGCAAUUGAUGGAUGAUGAUCCUCAGGCUCGACCUCCCAUAGACGUCAUCCUCGAGCAUAUUUUUGGGGGACCAUGA